UUUACGUCCCGUAGACACGCGCAAUGAUAGCCGGAAGCAUCGAUGGGAGGAAAAUAAAAAUCGAUUAAAUCCAGUGUAUUUUGCGAAUGUAGAGCUCACACUUAGUGUUGAUUUUGCGAACGCAGGCUCGACUUUGUCCGCCUGCAACACUGCCACGGUGCUGGAGGACACGCUGGACAACAGGAAAGCGGCUGCGUUUGAGCGAAGUUGCUCGGUAGGGGUUUAGCUGACGUGUGGAGAAGUUGAGACUACCAGAGACCACAUAAACAAACAUAAACAAGCAGGCAUCAGCUGAGCGCCCGUGCGAUCCGACCGAGCGCCACGGAGGGAUGUCAGGGGCGGCGAAAGUCCUCCUUUGAGCAGAAGAAUGAUCCGCACGGGACCGUGAAUUACACCGAUCCUGGCUCCAUGUCAACUGUCAACACUGACACAAAGAAUUUGGGGAAACAACACGAGGACGAGCCGUAGACUGUAGCAGAAAAGCCCGUGCUUCUCUCGCUGUGCGCUGUGAAGACAUAUCCAGGUUAGCAUGAACAACUAACGGCUGUAGCGUCCACGUUUCAGCUGUAAGGACACGAGUGGGAGACGCAUUUCGGUGCAGGGAGAUAGAGACGUGGGAUAAACAUGGCCCACCAGGCAACCCCUAGUUCCCAGAAGGCCCUGAUGAUGGAGCUGAAGUCCCUGCAGGAGCAGCCGGUGGAGGGCUUCCGCAUCACUUUGGUGGAGGAGUCGGACCUCUACAACUGGGAGGUGGCGAUCUUCGGCCCCCCGAACACCUUGUAUCAGGGAGGCUACUUUAAGGCUCACAUCAAGUUUCCUGUCGACUACCCGUACUCUCCUCCAACCUUCCGCUUCCUCACCAAGAUGUGGCAUCCUAAUAUUUAUGAGAACGGAGAUGUGUGCAUUUCUAUCCUUCACCCUCCCGUUGACGACCCUCAGAGCGGAGAGCUGCCAUCUGAAAGGUGGAACCCCACUCAGAAUGUCAGGACCAUCCUGCUCAGCGUCAUCUCUCUUCUGAAUGAGCCCAACACCUUCUCUCCAGCCAAUGUGGACGCCUCCGUCAUGUUUCGCAAAUGGAGGGACAGCAAAGGAAAGGAUAAAGAGUAUGCAGAGAUUAUUAGGAAGCAGGUGUCGUCUACGGCAGCGGAGGCCGACCGCGACGGCGUCAAGGUUCCCACCACGCUGGCGGAGUACUGCGUCCAGACCCGAGUUCCCUCGCAGGACAGCAGUUCGGACCUCCUCUACGACGACCUCUACGACGACGACAUGGAGGAGGACGACGAGGAGGACGACGAGAGCGAGAUGGAGUCCGUGGGUGAAGCGGGGGGGUUCAGCGCCGUGGAGGACGGCGAGCUGUCCUCCAGACGCUAUGACAACCAGGACGACUCCGGCAACGAGGAUUCAUGAUGAUCUGGACGAGGCCGCCUUCCUGCCGACUCGCCCACCAACCUCCUUCGAUGUGUGUGCGUUACAACUGCGUGUGCGUGCCUGUGCGUGUCUGUGUGUAUGCGCGUACCGUGGGGUCAAAAGUCUACUGCCAAAAGAACUCUUCAUGGUUUGUUAAAACUAAAAGCAGCAGCACCGUCGCGCGUCUUUUUAGCGGAAGCGUGUUGUUCCUGUCCUCAGUGAAGUUGGAUCGUGUGUUUUCACCGUUUGCCUUAAUUCCAGCUUGCACUCUGUGUGGCGUGCGGUCUUUGCAGAGCUUCAGAAUCGUCGGCGCCGCUUGAGAGUGACUGGUUCUGAUGUCCUGUGAGACGCGACCCUCCUCCUCACCCUCAGAACAUGCGACAGGCUUCGCGUAGUAGAGCAGUAUUAACGUGCAGUCACUGAGGCAAAACAUCCUCACACCUAGUUUCAGGUCUCAUGUUGUUUCUGUCGUGCGCUGUACCUUGUUUGGAAGCAGCUGUGAGUUGCACAGUUUUCAUUUGUAAUCGGAGGUUCUAACGGAGACGUGCCAGUGUUGUUCCAUCCCUGCUCAGUCAAUAGACAAAGGUUUUGUGACUAUGUGGCUUCGGCUUUGCAUCUUGGAUGCAGAAGCAGUUCUGUUUUAUUCAUUUGUUGGCUUUACACCAUGGUGCCAUCUUUACGUCUGUACAUAAAUGUAUAUGAAAUUGAGCCCACGAAGUUUGCUUGUGGUAUGUUUAUUAUUGAGGUCAUUGCGGUUGGUCGAGAGCCACAUGUUUUGCAAUUUCUAUAUGCCGUAUUUCAAGCUGUGUCAGGGAUCAGACGUCUCUUCAAGUCCUGCCACAGAUAUUGAGGACUUGUAGAGGGAUGGUUUGUCCCAUUCUAGUGUCCUAGCUGUGAACCUAACUCCUGAUAUCAUACCUUUCCUUCUAGUGUGACGUUCUCCAUGUCACGCCCCCAUAAAGCUUGGACGGUCGCAGAACGCGGGCAACAGUUGCGUUCCUCACAGUGUCUCCCUCAGAUUAGUUAUCGUUGUGUUGGAGGCCUUUCCCACUAGUCCCCUUGUUGUCUGGUCACUCACAGUUUGUCAGAAUGUGCCAUAUUCCUGCGAUUUCUUCAUGUUGAUGAUUUCUGAUGUCACAAUCUCUGGCACCUCUACUUUUCAAUUACCUCCUCCCUGGGUUGCUUGGGAUGUUCUUUUGUGAUCGUGGUUUAAUUUGGUGGUAGCCAGGAAUACUGAUUAAGCAGGGACUCAUCUAGUCACAGGCGUCUUUGCACUGGAAUGACUUAAGAUGCAUUUACUGCACUCAGGUGAUUCCUGUUUCACUCAUUUUUGGGGAAUUAUAACGCUGAGUCAUUUUCAAGAGGGUGAAUAUUUAUGCAAACACUUGUUUCCCCUCAGAUUUUAUUGACAUGACUUUACUUUGGCGGGUGUUUUGUCAUAAUCUCCACUGAUUUGUGUCAACUAAAGGGUGAAACCUUUUAUUGGCGUGGUAAUGCUGGACACGUGACUCCAGCACAUACGGUGACCUCCAAAAUGAACAACCCUUUUGACAGCUUAAAUUAUGAACUGAGAACCUAAAAAUAGAUUUCUAUUUCUUUGACCAGAGCGUAUGUAUUGGCCAAAUUCCAUUAGUCCUAACAUGUUUUGCACAUGGAAAGAGCAAACUGAAAACAGGCGGUCUUUGAGGAGGUCUCUUGAAGCCCACUGUAGCAGACUGGCUCUUCACCUGCCUGGUCCUUGUCAUGUGUAUGGCUUUGCGUUCAGAUAUUGACUCCGUUCACUGCAUCUUCGCUCGUUGAUGGUGUAUUUCAGAGUUGUGCCCUUCCUCGCCCGUCCCCUGCAUUUUCUGGGACGUCUCGGACUGAACAGAAUCCCUGCUGUGCUGCUCGUUAUCCGGGCCCAGCGUGUCUCGUCGCUGUCAGAGGACCUCUGUGCUUCUCACGCCCGUCUGUCUGACUUGAGCGCCGUCAUCAGCAGAUUCGCCUUUGUUUUCCUCGGAUUCACCUUCAGUCCGAAGCAGCGCCGCUUGUCUGCAGGUGACCAAGGUUCUGACCCAUUCACAGUCGCCUCCUGCACCUCUCUCUGCCUCUCAAACCUCAGGGCCUCAGUAGACGUUCACUGAAUCGGGAAAAAAAUGAAAUUUAAUACACAAACUGCUCCUCACCUCCAUUUUUUUAUCUCUCUGCGUCUCCGGGUGUUGUUGGAAGCGAGAGAGUGAACUAAAUGUCUCCAAUUCCACAACCAGUGUGUUUACACAAGUGUGAGUGUUGCUGGUAGUUUAGUUCGUCGUUUUCCUCCCGUUAGGCUCUAAAUCUAGAUAGAUGUGAAAAUGUUUUGCGCUGUGACUACAGUUUCUGCUCAGAUGCAACAUGACAUGAAUAUUCGGCUGUUGUUAUUUCGCAGCGAGUUUAUGGACGGGGCAAAGACAUGCAGAUUAGACGAACAUCUACAUUUGAAUGAAUGUGACAGCGAUUGAUAUGUAUGUGUGUGUGUGUGUGUUUGUGUGUUUGUGUAUUUACAUUUACUAUUCAUCUGUUGACACUGUCAGGGUUUUCUUGUUCUUGUCUUGUGGAAUCAGUACAGGUCACAUGGGUGACUUCACCCUAAUGACCUUUUGGACUUAGUCCAGUUGAGAAAACAUUGAGUGUGCUUGCGUUGUGUUCUAGUACACGUCUGGGUGGCCUGAACUGCUAUGGAUUUUAUUGAUAAAAAAAAAAACACCCUCUGAUGAUUGAACUUUUGAACACACUCAACAGCAUAAUAUGACUAAUACUGCUUGCACGACAUCAAGUAAAUUACACAUUUGAACUGUCAAAAACUGUGUUUUGGCUGUGGAUGUGAAUCUGCUGCUCUGUUGAACACGGUGGAGCACACCUUUGAUUCUAAUGGAUGGAUUUUGCCAAGGAAAUCAAGUGCACCGCUGCUACUGCUCAUUCAAAAGACUGUGUUGCAUUGAAUGCAUGUAGUAGAUUUAACGCCAAAGGAGUGAACCAUCCUCUCCCAGGUCUCACAAACUGGAUUCUGUUAAGAACCGAGAGGGUAAAUCCACUCCUGGACUGGAUCUGAAGUGGUUGUGAAUCUAAGACUCAACUGGAAGCGGAUAGAUUUCAAAGAUUGUAAACUCUUCCUGAUGUGGUGUCCAGGUUUUUCCAUUCCUCCGCCUAUACAGACAUGAAUUAACAGUUUUAUGUGUGCCUGCCCAUGGAAUAGUUCGACAUUCGGGGAAAUGCACUGAUUUGCUACUUGUCGAGGCUUUAAUCAGUAAAACAUGAUUGUCUUAUUAUGAGGCUAAGGCCAGCAGCUGGUUAGUUUGGAUAACAUACACUAUUCUAGAAUUGAAAUGUGAAGCUGCAGGCUUAGCGAAGCACAAAGGGAACAGUCCACAUCCACCAACAUCAGCUUUUUAAACAAAUACAUCUGAGUAGAAUGGUGAUGUAAAAAUGACAGGUUGUGCACCCACCAGGGAAUACGUUCCCAGUGGCUGUGCAAAGCUAAGCUUCAUGUUGAACCGACACGCACGAGGGUGGUAUCAACCUUCACACCCAACUUUAGGCAAACUACUAAAUUAUCCAACUUUGCCUUAUCAUCAUAAAUUUAACAAUCUGAACCUGUGGAAUAGUUUUUUUUAGGCAAAGUCUAGAUGUAGAUUCAACUUUAUGACCAAUAAGCUUUAUUCAAAAUUAGAAUCCGCCACUUGUUUUUGGAAAAGAACCACAGACUUUAGGAUGUUAUUCCAUACACAUUGUUAUGUACAAAUAACUAAAUGGAAGCAUUUAGUUCAUUUAAUCUUUGUGUGUAAGCAUGUGUGUGCACUAGCGUGUGUUCUUUUUUAAGUGUGGGUCAAUUCUGCGACAUCCUCCUGAAGCCUUCACACACUUUAUAGACUGAACAGUCCAAAUGCUCCCACACGUGUGUCCACAUCUGUUGAGGUUAAUGUUGUCCUUGUGGUUUUGUUUGAUUUAGUUUCAUUUAUUUCCCCUCAUCAUUUUGUAUUUGUGAGGAUGCACAUCACAGAUAAAGUUUCUAUUUGUUUGUAUUGUUGGGUUUGUUCGCCAGGUAGUUUUGGCAUCUGCUGUCACAGAAAACAGAACACAACAAGCUGGUUGAUGGAAUAAAACAUAGUGAUAUGCACAUGGAGCCAUGUAUGGUAGUUAUUGUGGAUAAGUUGGAAAGUCAUUCAAAAUAAAACAGUAUGUCAUUAAAACCUGCUGAAGGGUUUUCACUGCA